AUGAACUUAGGCAUCUUCACCUUUUUAUUGUCUGCCUUUGCUGCAUCGGCAACUUCUUCCGAUAACGCCGUUUCCUUUAAGGAUGCAUCCGCUUACCCAGAAUUCAACUUUCCUAAGGUGGAACUUCACCUACACUUCGGUGGUGCUAUUCGCCCUGAAACUGCUUUCUACUGGGCUCAGAGGAGGAACAUCGACCUAGGUUGCAAUAAUGUUGAGGAGUUGGAAAAGAAAAUGACAGGAAAGGUGAAGAGCCAAUCAGAGUUCAUCACUUUGUACGACCGUAUUGUUGCCAGUGUUGCUGGUGACAAGGAAGCCCUUAAGCAGGUUGCAUACGAAAUUGUUGAGACAAAGGCUAAGGAAGGUGCUGUAUACAUUGAGGUACGCUUCAGCCCUCACUUGUACUCUACCAAGAACAUCGACCAAAGGACAUGGGAGCAGGCUUUGGGUGACAUUCCCCCUGAGGAAGGAGCUGAACCCUACGAGGUUGAUCCUGAGCGGGAGCACAUGUCCAUGAACAUUCCUAAGGACAACCCCAUUACCCCCGAUGAAGCUAUAAUUGCCAUUACCGAAGGUCUUGCUGCUGGUGAGCGUGAUUUCGGUUGCAAGGCUCGCUCUCUUCUCUGCUGCAUUAGACCACACCCCGUCUGGUCAUACGAGGUCGUUCAGUUUGCCAAGAAGUACCGUCAUCUCGGUAUUGUAGGUAUUGAUUUGGCAGCGGUUGAGAGAGAAGGCAGUACCGUGUACUGGGGGCACGUUAAGGCAUACCAGGAGGCUGAGAGGGCCGGAAUCUACCGUACCGUUCACGCUGCCGAGUGUGGUAGUGCAGAGAACCUGCGCCAGGCCUUGCAGGUACUGAAGGCCAACCGUAUUGGUCACGGUUACAACGUCGUCACUGAUGAGGCCUUGUACAAAUUGUGCUUGGACCGCCAGGUACACUUCGAGGUUUGCCCUCAGGUUUGCCGCCGCAUUGCCUCCAGGGCCGUUGAAAACCGCCACAUUGAGUUCACCGUUAAGCGUUUCUUCGAGGAUGGUGCAAACUUCGGUUUGAACACUGACGAUCCCACAUUCCAUAAGACGAACCUAUUCAGCGUCUACCAGCAGGCCAUUGACCAGGGUCUUACCGUUACCGAUUUGAAGAGGUUGAAUUUGAACGCGGCAGCAGCUUCUUUCUUGCCAGAUGACGAGAAGGCACAGUUGAUUAGGGAACUCAAGGAGGCCUACGGCAUGAUAUAA